AUGGGAAUAGCACAGUCUUACUAAACAAGUCAGCCAAUCUUUCCUUUAGGAAUGAAUUACAAUAUUGAACAGACAGUGACUUAUAUUUUAUAAAACAGCUUUCUUAAUGAUGAAUAUAUUAAACUUACAUUGAAUGGAGAUUGCUAUGAAGCACGCAAGAGUGAUUUAAAGGAUAAAAUAAUUUUUAAUAAUUGCGCAAAUGUAAAGAAUCUUCUACCUAUAUUAAGACUAAGUAAUCCUGUACUCACAAGCACUAUUUAGGCAACUGUCCCUGAAAAAUUGCUAUUUACUUUCUUAUAGACAGAAGAAGGUAGAAUUUUUAAAAGAUAAAGCGAUUUCUUAACAUCAGGAAACACUCUGAAAAAUGUUUCAUCUACAAACUAUAUACAGCCUUAAACUUCAUAACCCUAUACUUUAGCUCGUAGUAAUUCUAAUUAUAUUGGGUGCUAUACAAACAGCAAUGACAAUGCUACUUAAGCUUAGCCAAAUAUAUUAAACGAAAUUACAAAUAGCUAAAACAAUCAAAGUGGAAUGAAAACCUUAACAAGAAAUAACUCAGUUUCAAAUGCUAAGUCAGUUGCUUAAAUUCCUGUUUCCAUUUUGAAAAACAAAGGUUAAACCCUUAAUCACCCAGUUAUUUCAUCUUCUCCAAUGAUCAAAAUUACUCCUCUUGGCACAACAACAAACCCAACUAAUUAUUUAGGAGGAACAACAACUAUUACAACUAUACAUUAGAUAAAUAAUUCUAAUAGAUCAGUGACUCCUACUCGUGCUCCUCAGCCUACUUAUCUUUCUGAGUAAUAAUACACACCAUCUAAUCGUUAAACAGUAUCGAAAACUCCCUACAUUAACUUUUAAGCCUAACAUGAUAAUAAUUAACCUUCAACUCCUAUUGGUAAGAGUAUGUUUGAUUUACCUAAAGAAGAUUAAUAAAACUAAUACCAGGUACCUAAAACGCCUACAUAAACUCAAACAGGAAUUUUAAAUUCAAUUAUUGGGGGAAGUAAUAUACUGUCAAAUAAUAAUCGCUUAAGUAUGACUCCUGUCAACUAAGUCAAUUGCUCUAAUAUAUCAGGUACAUCUGCAAUUAAACCAUCACUAGUUUCUCAAACUCUUACAAAUAAUUAAAAUUUAAAUAGUGUUAUAGGACAGUAUAAUCCAUCAAAUACUGUUGAAAGAGUAAGAUCGAUGACUCCUUUACCUUAUUCAAGUAGUUAGUAAAACAACAAUAAUAUACUAAUAUCUACCAAUUCAAAUAAUGUAUUAUAGAUUCAACCUACAACUCCUUCCAAUUACUCUUAAAAUGUCUUUGAUUAAAAUACACAAAAUUAAAAUAACUUUAGUACUCCCAACAGCAAUUCUAGCAAGACUAACUUCUUUAACUUUAACAACACAGCUACAAUUAACUAGCUAAUGCAUUAAGGUUAAAGUAAUUAGCAAAAUAACAGCCUCACUAGAUCAAAUAGCAGUUAUAAUGUGAAUGGUUUAGGUAAUACUCCUAAUUAGAGCAGUAGUUUAGCUAUGCUCGGUAAUACACCUAACUAGAAUAAUAAUUAAGCUCAUUUAAACACUAACUAUAAUUUUACAUCUGCUGUGUCAAAUGCAUCUGGAAUUUAAACCCUUCCUCAAAAUUUAAAAAAUACAGGAUCUAAUAUAAAUAUAGGAUAGCUUUUAAGUCAAAGAUCAGUAACACCUCCUCCAGUAUUAAGGAGUAAUUCAUCUAUUUAAUAAAUAGUAUCAGGUGUUAAUUCUAUUUAAGCUCCUAAACCUUAUUUAGAGACUACUAAUCAAAAAGAAAUUUAAGAAAGCAUUAACCAAAGUGUUAAUAAAACAAAUACUCCAUCCAACUAAACUCAAAUAUCUCUAAGCAAUAAUUAACUUAUAAACAGUAAUAACUAAAAUAAUUCAUAAGCUCAUUUUAGUUCUUUAAUUGUUCAAAAUAAUCCAAGUUGUAGCAGCUUAGCAUUAGGCAGUAUCCUCUAAAGUACUUCCACAAACAUAGUUGCAAAUAAAAAUUCAAUCAAUGGAUCUAUAAUUUAACCUUAGAUUCAUACAAAUUAAAACCUGCUAUAACCCUCUUAUUAAAUUCCUUAAAAUGAAGCCCAAAGCUCUAUCCCAUAUGAGUCUGUACGUAAUAAAUUCUAGUAGUUAAGAAAAAUGACAGGAGUAAGAAAGACUAAUGAACUAUCCCAUUCACCUUUAAAUUAAAAAACCAAUGAAUAAGAAACUAACUCUUAGUCAAAUUUUAACUUCAGCCAAUAAUUAGCAAAUAGCUAAAAAAAAUUUAGUGCUUAAAAAUCAAAGAGCAUAAGCAAUUUGCAUUUGAACAACCUUUAUGGAUAAGAAGCUUAAAAUUAAGAUGUUUAAAGAAAUAUUUCAGAAAUACCUUAUUAAUUCUUGAAUCCUGACAAUAGAGAAAAAAGCAAAGAUAAUUAUUCAAAGAAUAUCUUAGAUUCUUCUGGUAAGAAGACUCUCACUAAAAACUAUAGCUGCAAUAACAUAUAUAGUUAGUAAAAGGAUUCAUCUUAAAAUGAUUAAUAAUAGUAAAAACCUACUUAAAUUCCCUAUUAUUUAGGUAGAACGUUAGUUCAUUCUAAUAAAGGUUAAAAAGACUUAAGCAAUCUACCUUCUCUCAGUAAUAUUAGCUAAAUUUUAUACACUUAGGAGGAUCAAAGUAGAUCCAACAUUAAUGGUGGAGGAAACCCAGCUUUUAAAAUUUAAAAUGCAUUUUUACCAGGAUUAUCACCAAUUUAAAAAUCAAACUAAGGGGUAGAUAACUCUCGUUCAUUUGCAUGUGAGGCUCUACCUUUAGUAGGAAACAAUAACUUAUUUAACAAUCAAAUGAUUUCCUAAGGAGAACAGUAAGAAAAAACACCAAAAGUAUUUAAAUUCAACAAUUCUAAUGCAUGUACUACUCCAAUUAAUGAAAUUGAGCUUUAUUAAAAGCAAGAAUAAGAAAUAAAAGAAAAAGCAAAAGAAUAAGUGAAUGAAAUAAUACAAAGAACAGUUGUUAGAGAAUUUGAAAAUUUAAAAUAAAUUACUGAAAUAGUAACUUAAAACACAUUAUAAGAAAAGUAAAGAAUUUAUUAGGAAUUUGUUUAAAAAGAUGACUAAAAUUAGUUAUUAUAAUCCAUUAAAAACUCUGAACUUGUCAAUUAAACUAUUAAUGAAAUACAAAAUUGUAUUCGUUAAAACACACUUGAGUCGGUAAGAAGUUAAAACAAUAAUUAGACUCCAAUUUAUUAACAAAGUGUGCAAUUAAAUAGCUAAGAAAGAAUCUCAACUCUCCCUUCAAGACAACCAGCAGUUGUUUACAAAAAUAAUGUUAUGAAUUCAUUUUAGACACAAUAAUCUGUCAAUAACAUUUUCACUUAAAAUGGAUAAGAAAUUGUUUCUACUAAUCUAAACAUGCCCACUUACAACUCAAACAGAAGUAACAGAUUUAAUAAUUCUCAGUAGGAAGAAGAUGAUAAUGGAAUUAAAAAAACAUGCUCAAUAAACUUUGGAUAUAACCCAUAAAAUGUAAAUGAAAGUAUUGCAGAUAAUAAGAAUACUUAAGCAAGAAAUUCUUAAGAUUCAAAUGAGUCUCCAUGCUCUUCUUCUCUUAAAAUUAGUGAAAUUAACAAACCAGCUGGACAAGAAUAAAUUAAUUAUGGAAUUAAAAUCUUCUAAGCCGGAGGAAGCAUUGCUAGUACUUUCAAUGACUUAAAUAGCUUUGCUUACAAAAAUUUAGAGAGCUAAAGAUAAAAUCUUGUUAUGACAAAUUCAAGUUUAUAAGAUAAUUUUAUUUAUUCUGCUCGUUAGAACGGUAAUAAUAGCAACCAAAUGAAAAUCAUAAAUGGAAUAAAGUAAGGAUUAAAUACAUAAAUUCAGAGCACUUAAGCUAGUAAUAUUGAGAAUUCUACCCCAAAGAAUUAAAACCAACUAGAUUCUUAUCAACUAAAUACAUUAAGCUAUAGUGGUACAAAUGGAGAUAUAACUAUUAAAAAAUAGAAUAACAAUAAUAAUUAAAGUAUUUAAACUGAUAUAUAAUAAAAGAGUUAUAGUUAUUAGUAUCCUAAUAACUUUAACUAGGAAGCAGAGAAAGUUUAAAGCUCUUAAUCUCAUUUCCCAAUCUAAAAGAUUCACUUUAACAAAAAUUCAAUUAGCAGCUAAAGAAAUGCUACUCCUAAUAGUAAAAGAGAAUCUAUUUAUUCUAAUGGUGAGAUGCAAUAAUAAUAAUAAUAGCAAUAACAAUAAGUUGAAUAUCAAGUUACUCCCACUAACAAGUAAAGUUAUAAUCAUUCAUACAAAUAAUCUAAUAGCUUCAAAGAAUUAUUUGAAAAUAACAACAAUUAAAUGAAUAUAUAAAACGAAUAUUAAUAUGUUGCUAGCACUGAUGAUAACUAACAAAUUGAGUAAAGAAAGAGAAACUCCAGUUGCUAUAAUUCUUCAUAAAAUGAAAUCUAUCAAUCAAAAGGAUAUUCACUAAACCCUAAUGAAAAAUAAAGACAAAUAAGCAUUAUGAGUGAGCUUUCAGUCACUAAUUCUACUCCUCAAAAACUAAUUAAUACAGCCACAAAGCAAAAAAUGAUGGACGAAAUUGAGCGUCAAAAGAAUAAUAGAUAAGGAAGCAUUUAAGCUGUCUCAUAGAAAGAAAUAGAAAACAUACGUAGCAACAUGACAGAAUAUUGGAAUAAUACAUGCAAUUAAUUAACUAACUAAACAUAAGAUAAAAGAGGAGGAAAUAAUCAAAGCAGUUAUGCGUUUGAAGCUCAAUAGCAGUAUUCUUAUGUUCAAACACCUACUUCUUAAAACUUAAAAUUAGACGCAUUUGCAGGUGAACCUAUUCCGACUGAUUCUACUCCUUAAAAUAAAUUUUAUGAAACAGCUCCCUCAAUUUAUUAAAAUCAAAUAAAGAUCUAAAAUUCUUACUAAAAUCCUUUUAAAAUGUCAUAGCAAUCUAUGAAUAACUUUGAAAUAAAAUCAAAUAUUCAUUUUUUAUAAACACCUGAUCCUAAUGCAUAACAUUUAACAAAGCAUUUCAAUUAAAGUUAGGAAAACAACGCAGCCUUUUCUAAGCCUCCUCUUCAAAAUUCAGGCUUAUUGAAAUCACAAAGACAAAAUAUUUAAAAAUAAUCUAUUUAAAAGCAAGGAUCUAUACAAUUUACUGACUAAUCUCCACCAAUUAACAAUGUUGAACCAUAUAAAAAUAGAUAGCUAUAUUAUCAAAGCAGCAAUAAUAGCUCGUUAAGUUAAGUAGGCUCAAGUUAAAAUAGGUUAUCUCCUUAAAUAGAGUAGUAGUUGAUAAAUAGUUCUUAGGAAUAUAGAUUAAAUUUGAAAAAUUCCAGACCUAAUAACUAAAACACACCAGGAUAAUCCUAUUAAUCAAUGAAGAUGCAACAACAAAAGCUGUUGUCUUCUCUCAAUCCUUAGUAGUUAAAGUCUUAUUAAAAUUCUAUUGAAAAUUAUAAUUAUGCUAUCAACGGUAAAUAGUUAUUCAGUGAGUAGAUUCCAUAACAAAACUCUCAUAGAAAAUCAUUUGACAUGUAAUAGUAGUACAAUCAAAAUUAAGAAGAUGAAAUGAAUAGGUAUAUUACUUUAGAAGAUAGAGAAUUAACUGAAGGAAUAUAAGAAGAAGAUGAAAAUGAAAUGUAAAACGAGUAAAAUAUCUAUGUAUAGCAAAGCGGAGCUAAACAAUAAUAAUACAUGACUCAAGAGCAGCUCAUGAUUUUAGAAUAGCACUAAAUCUAACAAUAACAAUAAUAGUAGUAGUAGCAAUAGGAAGAAUACUACGAUGAUUUAGACAGCGAUAAUUUAGAGGAGGAGGAUGAAGAAAACCCUGACGAAAUAUCUUAUUAGUAAUAAAAUCAAAUCUAAAAUGAUGGUUUAGAUGAAUAUGGAGAAUAAAACUGUGAAAAUAUGGAAGAGUAGUUAACACAAUAAGAUGAACAAUAUUAUGAAAACAACAUGUAAGGAGAUGGAUAUGGAUAAUAGUAUUAAAAUAAUUUAUAAUACUAAGAUUAAAUAUAAGAUUAAAAUUAAGAGGAUUAUGAGCUAAACGAACAAAUGUAUGUCCAACAAUAACAGUAAAAUUUGUAGCUCUAACAAUAAUAAAAUUAUAACAUGUAGGAUCCUGCUUUAUUUAACCCUGAUUAGUAUUAGAUAUAAUAAUACAAUAUCUCUGAAUAGUAUGGAAAUUCAGUACGUGAAAGCAUGCAAAAUAAUAGCUUACGCUCUUCAAAACAGAGUAUCGGCAUACCAGCAAGGAGAUUUGAGGAGAAUUUGAGUUCUGUGAAAAAGAAAAAAAGUGGAUUAUAUAAUUAAAAGAUUAAUUUUGAAGGUGACAACAAUUUCAAGUUAACAGAUCAACCAUUGUCUGUAGAUAAUAUGUACUAAAGUGAUGGAUUCUAAUAAAUAAGGUAGAAACAACAAUAUCCUAUCUAACAGUACUAGUCUCUUUAAAUAAAUGAUCAAGCUAGAAUCAAGUCCUAAUUAUAAGCUUAAUAUUAAAACAAAUUACCCUAAAAUCUCAAUAACUAAUUUGAUUAGAAUAACUAAAAUCCUUACUUUUAAGAAUAAUACAAAUAUUUCCUUCAAUAAGGAAAUGAAUUGGUUGAUGAAGUAGCUGAUGACCAAUCUAGCUUGAGUUAGAUUAGUUAGAGUCCUUUAAGACCUUCUUAGCUCCAAUUAGAAAAUCAAGAGUAAUAGCAAGUGUAUGAAGAAGGUGAUUAAAAUAAUAUUUAUCAACAGGAUGAAAAUAUUUAUCAAAAUAAUUUAUACCAAUAUAAUAAUGAAGAAUAGUAAAUGCUUUCUCAUAGAUCUUGUGAUAAUAACAAUAAUUACUAAAUAAAUAUUUAUGCAAAUCAAAAUGAAGGAGGAGAUCAAAUUAUCUAAAAUAAAAACUAUGUUUAUAAUAACAACUAUAACAUCCCUUAAACUGAAAAUAUUUCUGUGAAUGCCUUGCUCCAAAUGAAUAAACGCAGUGCAAUAAUUGAAGACCACGCUUCUCAAAGAGCUGAAGCUGGUUAAGUAAAUUUAUUCAAAUAACCUUCAUAUCAAAACUAGCAAAAUGCAGAGCAAUAGUUGGAAUUAUAUUCUCAACCUACAAACAAAAAUGAAUUUUAAAACUUCAACGAUUAACAAGAGCAAAUUUACGCAUAAUAAUUCAAAGGACAGACAUAAAUGACUUAAGAAGAAAGCUUUUAUGAAAACAGGAUAUUAGCAGAUAUAAAUUUAGAAUCAGGUAGAAAAGAAAAUCAUCAACUAUCAAACGGGAAAAGAGGAACAGAUUACGAAAUGAAUUCAUAAGAAAAUUUAAGCUACAGAGAAGGAUCUCAAAGAUAAAACAGCAGCAGAUAUGUAGCAUCUGCAGAAAAUGUUAAAAAGAAGAAUAUUUCAAGAAGAAUCUUCAACAAAUCAGCAAGAUAUUACAAUGAGGGAAAUCAUGGUGACUAAAAGAAGAACUUGUAAGAAUUUGAGGCUGACUAAAAGAAGAAGAAAGUAAGAACUAGUUUGUAAAAUUUUGUUGAGGAGCUAAACGAAAUAUCUGGUAGAAGUGCUAGAGGAUUAUUAGAUCUUAGCCAUCGUAUACAAUAAAGCAAUAGCUUUAUCUUAGAUCGCUCAAAUUUGAAUGAAAAAAGCUUUUAUUAAAAUGAAAAGAGCUUCUAAUAAAAUGAAAAAAUUUUUAGUAACAACAAUAUUCAGAAUUAAAGUGACGGAGAUGAGAACUCAAUCAUGCAAAAUACAAUGCUUACUGGUGGACCUAACUCAAAUAGAAAAGAAUAUACAAAUGCCAGAGAUUAUGAAUAACGUUUGAGUGAAUACGUAAUUUGUCAUAAAGAUUAGAAUGAAGACGAAGUAUUAGAAGAAAAGAAAAACGAAAAUUUAUUAAAAUCGCCCCAAGUUGAUUAAAAUGAUUACUAAUCAAAUACUGUAUUCAAUACAAAUAAUCAAAGCAAUAGUUCAUACGCACCCUAAACUUCUGUAUUCUAAACAGGAAUUCAAUAAUAAUCCUCUGCCAGACUAAGCCAUGUUUAAAAUAAUAAUGAUAAAAAUUAAUAUCAAUCUCUUAGUAACGAUUCUCCUUUUGUCAUAACCACUAAUGAAAGAAGGAGAAGUAAUGAAUAAGUAGAUGAAAUUUCAAUUAGAUUCAAUGAAUAGCCUGCUUUCUCUCAUGCAUCAUUUAACUAAGAAUAGAUGUAGUAAAUUUAAUAAUAAAAAUAGGAGUUAGAGUUGAAACAAUCAUUAUAGAUUGAAAAAAGCAACAGUAGUAAUAAUUAAUAGUUGGAUUAGCAAUCUGAAAAAAAAAAUUAAGAAACUAAAAAUGAAGAAUAAUCUUCCAAAAAGCUUUAAGAUUCACCUUUUAUUGAGGAUAGAAGAAAGUCUGAAAAACAAUCUUCUUAAUAUGAUCAUGUACAAUUAGCCUCAUUUGCACAUUCUGAUAAUUUCAUUUCUAUUUAGCAAGUCCCAUCUUCUUCUAUAAGCAACCUUUCUAGCUAGCCUAUUUCCAAUUAGUAGCCUGUAUAAACUUUGAUACCUAAUUAAAAUUAAUUUAAUUCUGAAACAGAUAUGAAAUAAGUUCAAUAAAAUGAAAAUUAAGACUCCAAUUCACCAUUAAAAAAGCCACAAUAAGAUUAAAAUAAUCAAAAUAGCUUUGAGUAAAAUAAAUCUACAGAAUCUAUAGAUAGUCAAAAAGAUGACUUAUAAGCUUCUAAAAGUGAAAACUAAACUGAUUUAACUGCUUCCAAAAAAAGCUAAGGAGUUUCAAGACAAAGACCUAUUUCAGAAAUUCCAACUGAAUCCAAAUUUGUAAAGUAAAGAUAGCCUCAUUUUGAAAACACACAAAAUAAGGAUACACACGCACGCAGCUAAUCAAACCAUAUCAAGAAGAAAAAACAUUUUGAGCUUAGUAUUGAUGCAUGCAAUGAAGUUCAAAAGUCACAUAACCAAGAAAAUAAAGAAACUCCACAAUUCUCAGAGCAUGGAAUAAGUUCUAAAAGUUCUAGCUUAUUUAAAUCUUCAAAGCCAGUCAUACCAAAUAAAAGAUAACAAAUUAUAAGCUUUCUUGAUUACUAAAAAACUAUGAAGAAAAGUUAAGAUUGA